AUGUCUUGGUUCAGUUUGCCGAAUCUGCACAUAUUUACAGGAUUAUUGACAGUGGCCACUGUAUGCGGUGGGUUUUCUGGAAUCAUAGCGGCAGCCCUUCUGUAUGUGUUUUGCCUGAAGCCUAUGCUUCCAACUCGACAAGUAAGUUAGUAAAGGUGAUUAUUAUUAGUUUGUGUUAUAACACGGUGGUUGAAAUGGCCAAAUACUGCAUGACUGCACUGAGAAUAAUAACAGCAAUAUUCAAUAACAGUGCAGUCAUAUAAGCGCACUAUUUGGCAAGCAUCCACAUAAUAUUAACACUAUUUCAACCAAUGCGUUGUAACUGUUUAACAACUUAAAGUCUGUAGUAGUCCUUUUGAAUACACCCCAUAUUCAUAUAACCGAUGCACUGAUAGUUGAACAGCCCUAACUAUCUUCCUUUUGUUUCCACAAGGGCUAUGAUGCCAGAAGACUGUUUGAGGGAGACGACCAGGAUAGGGAGAAUAACCAAAGUGACUGUGUCAGCAACAGAAAGAAGGGCGUCCAAAGUGCCACUACCAAUGAAAAAGUAAAUAUUAUGUAUUUUAGUUAUAGAUAUAGAAUAUUUUAGCACUAUAAAUGUGCUCUAGUGUGAUAGAUAUAUUGCAAGGUAGGGACAGUGUUGUGUUGUGUUCAUCACUGAUUGUCUAGUACAGUAUCCAUGAUUCGUAUCAUUGAUUGGACAGUCUAUUUUGUGAUGCUGCAUGUUGAGAUAAACGCCAGCUUCAACUGAGAACAAGUGGUUGUUGUUUAAAAAAACAAACAUAACAUACAGUAUGUGUAAAUAAAAGCUGAUUUGGCUUUCAUUAACAUUCACCCAAUUUUCCAUAACAAUUCACUGUGUUUAUUCAUUUACCAGGAAAAGAAGCAGCCACCCAUGAACAGCGAUGUGGCUGCUUUUGCAUCACGGGCCCAUCAACCAGAAAUACAGAGUAAGAUCCUUUUUCUGUUUAUAUUACAGACUUCAUACCACAGAAGCUUUAAAAUGUUCUAACCAAAUCUAUCCAGAUUGGAACCCUAAUUGGAAUGUAAUUUUGCCUUCAUUCCAAGAGCAUGGGAUGGGGUUAAAGGGAUAGUUCAGCACAAAUACAUAUUUCAAUAUUUCUUCCCUUCCCUUGAAAGCAGUCUAUGGCGGAACUUUCCAUUUAAAGACCACAUUUUAGGACUGAAAACAUCUGGCAAACUUUGACUUUGAUGUGAACUGUCCCUUUAAUGUCAAUUCCCAACGACAGCCCUUAGCGGAUGGAGCCUCCAACCCAUCGCUGCACAAGCACUACAAGCUUCCUGUCCUCCCCAAUGGAGAGUCCUCGACGGACUCUAUCGGAGAGUCACUGAGCCAGGACCAGGACAAUGCUGACAGCAGCCAGUUCAUCUCCUCGCUGGUCCCCAAGAGCCUCUAGAACGAGAGUUUCAUCCGGGUGGCCCAGUACCCGCACAUGCUCUCUCAGACAGGGUGAGCUGAUGUGGGAUAGAUAUUCAGUUAAAGGGAUAGUUCAGAGAAAUUACAUAUUAAGAUGUGUGUUUCCUUGCCUUGAAAUCAGUCUACACUCUUAGAAAAAAGGGAUCCAAAAAGGUUAUUCGGCUAUCCACAUGGGAUAACUCUUUUGGGUUCCAUGUAGAUCCCUCUGUUGAAAGGGUUCUACAUUGAACCCAAAAGGGUUCUACCUGGAACCCAAAAGGGUUCUACAAAGGUUUCUCCCUUGGGGUGUAUACGAGUGUAUAGACAAUCCUCACUUUAAUUUAGAUAAACUAUCCCUUGGACUGGAUCAUCAAAGUUGUAGCUGUGUAUGAUGAUGUCAUAUUUCUGAGUGCCUUUAAUGCAUUCUACUGUAAAUACAAGCUGUGUUUCUAGUGUAGCUGUUCUCAUUGUAGUUUUGAGGGCAGGAUCAGCCUGUACUGUCUGGCUCUGCAGGACGUGCAGCAACACUGUUCACAGGUCCUGGAGGAGAAAUGUGUGGUGGGUGACCUCUUUCUUUCAUCACACACUAGCAAACCAUUCAUAAUGCCAACUGUUCAUAAUACCACUGGUCUGUUGUGAUAAAGCUCUUAAAAGAAAAGGAGAAAAAAAACGUGAAUGGACUACCUACAUGUGUAUUUAUCCUACUGUUUUUACCAAACUAAGCCAAAUGUUCAUAAUGCACUAUGAAUGCACUUAUAGUGCCUAUUAUCUCCCCAUAUAGCAUUAUAAGACUUGAAAUAAGUGCAUUUCUAUCGAUAAUACGACGACAGUACUAGUUUGCUAUGUAAUGUUGUGUCAAAUGUUGGUGGGUCAAAAUCUCAAGAAGAUAUCUCCCUUACUUCGCCUGUUUCCUUGCUGUAGCUCUUUUCCAAAUUCUCAGAAUUAUACUCAGCGGUCGGUUUCCCAAGGAUAAAAAGGAUUCCGAGUUUUACAUCAAUGUUCUUCUCCUGCAGGAAAAGGUAGGAAGAAAUCUCUCAAAAUCCUGAUAUAUGCAUACAUUCUGAAGUUAGGAUUGGCUCUUUAGUGAUAUUUCUCUAUCUCUUGUCAUUGUAGGAACUGGAUGCAUUGAAGAAAGAACUGUCAGCCAGCCUAUUUGCCUUUGAGAGAAACACAGAUCUAAGUUCAGACGCUUGUACCCUGGAGGAGACCGAAAGAACCCAGAAAGACCUAUUGGAGCAUGGCCUUCAAAUGGUACCCAAGUAGACUAGCACAAUCAAACCUUUCAACCCGCAUAGUAUGUCAUUCACAUUAUAGAAAUUGAAUCGCCAAAUCUGAACCAUAUUAUCUGCUCAGGCAAAGUAAGAUAUCAUUUCAAUGACAAUGCAAUUGCCAUUUUGAGGGAGGUGGGGGGGGGGGGGGGGGGGGGGGGGGGGAUUACGUUUAUGGGGAAACAUAAAGAUAUAUUGACGUUUGUGGGGAAACUUUAAGUAAUGUAUGUGUCUCUCUAUAGACAAAGGGCUUUAGCAAACAGGUGGAGGCCUUCUGCCAGAGCCUCCUGGGCAGGUCCAGUAUUCUCCCCAGGAUGUUAUCCACACCCUCAUCCACUGUCUCCUAUUGGUGGAAAACCAGUUGAAUGAGACUCAGGCCACAGACAUGAAGGUGAGAUACUGUAAGAAUGAGGCAAAAUAAGGGAGAAACAUAAUCUCUACUCAAUACAUUUCUAUCUGGACGUUCUGUAACAUUGCAGUCUUCUGAACAUGCCCCAGCUUUCACGCAUCAUGGGUCGUAUUCAUUAGGUACCAAACGGAAGGAAAUGGACUGAAACAGGGAGGUACUACCAUGGACAGUUUUUAAUACUGUAUUUCUGUUUGUUUGACCUGCUCUAGGUAUGGCAUACACUUAUCCAGUAUUUUAGGCUUCUCAGAUCUAGCUACACAAGUCAAAUCAAAUUCAAUCAAAUGUAUUCAUAAAGUCCUUUUUACAUCAGCAGUUGUCAGAAAGUGCUUAUACAGUAACCCGAACUAGACCCCAAAGACUUGGCAAAAACAAAAGCAAUGCCAAGGGGGUAAGGGUUGUUUCUAGAUCCAUAUCUCCCACCGGCUCUCUCAGAGGACCCAGGAGAAGCUGCUGUGGUGGGAGGAGCUGAGGGGUGUGCUGCGGGCCAAGCUGGCCCUGCUCCGGCAGGAGGCGUCCCUCAGACAGGGCCUAUUGGGCCAGGUCCUGGAGCAGCUGACCAGUGACGGACACCUGACCUUCACCACCAUGGAGAAGACACUGGUCGAGCUGCAACCUUCCCUGACCGAGGGGCUCCAGCACUGCAGUGAAGGUGACUCAUGACACAGACACAGAUGCAUGCACGCAGGAGCAUGCACAUACACAGAUGCAAAUGCACAUACACACACACACACGCACCCAGGUACACACACACACACACACAUGUUCUUAGUUAAUCUAUAAGGGCACUGCUAAGCGGGGGAUUCCUGACACAUAUUAUUGUUCCCGUGGGCCACCAGCUCCAAAUAGCCAACUGGUGUGUGUUUUUAACAAAAGAGUGACCUCCUUGAAUUCACUAUCAGGUCAAAUAUUGGCCAGUAGAUUAGCAUUCUAGUUCAUGUGAAAUCAGUACUGAGAGGGUAGAAUUUGGAAUAUGGCGUCAUAAUGACGUCUUUGCAACCAGUUAUGCCCACUGGGAAGUUGUGUAAUUCUGUAAUACCCUGCUGGACGUCCCUCCUGAGGAAUAUGGUGGCAAUCUUUCAGUAUUAUGUGGCCUAGUUUCUCAUCUUAAAUGAACUGGUUUCUUAAAAUACCCCUUCUCCAUUGCUAAAAAGAUUGAAUCAAAUAAAUGUAUAAAAGUCUCAAGUGAUUAGUCUUUGAGUGCACUAUUAUUGACCAAUGCAAACCACAAUAAAAUAUAAUUGUAUGGUUAUCCAGUUUUGAUAUAAUUCCAUUUGUAGUAAUGUAAUUUACUACUAACUAUAAAUGGUAAGCGCAUAAUGAUACACAGAAUAAUUAAGUGAAUUGUGUUAAACUGGUCAUAUUCUGUGCCAAAUCAGGAACUUAGUGAAGUUCCAUUGUAAUCAAAACUACAUAUAACUUCAUUUUGGAUACAGAAUGCAGGAUAAAGACCAAGGAGCUUGUGUAUGAAAAGUGCAAGAAGAUCGACUCCAAGAAGAAGAAGCUCUUGAGGACUCAAGCGAAGGAGAGAAGCCGUGUCCUGGAUUCUGCACAGACUCACAAUGACCCACAGGAAUUUGUGAAGGUCAAUAUCUCUCUUUUAGUAGGCUCAUUCGUUCCCUGUCAUGUGUCCAGUGCCACAGCAAUAGUAGUAGUAACGGUACUGCUAAACUACUUCUCACAUUGGUCUAUUCACUCACUUCAACAUAAAGUCUACUUUGGAUAAGUGCAAACUCUGUUUUAGUCUAUUAUAGUUAUCCAGUCUCAUUACAUUGCGUUGUUAAUUGCUCCUGAUAACUGCAUGCUCCUGUUUAACAGUUCAAUUCUCUUCUCCAGUUCUAUCAAGAGCUUCUUCUUAGACAGAAGAAGCAGAGCAGUGACUUGGAGCUGCAGCAGGAUGGUAGAGUGGCAGAGGCAGUGUGUGAUCUUUGGAGGGUAGGUUGUAAUUAAUGGUACACUACAUGACCAAAGGUAUGUGGACACCUGCUCGUCGAACAUCUAAUUCCAAAAUCAUGGGUAUUAAUAUGGAGUUGGUCUCCCUUUGCUGCUAUAACAGCCUCCACUCUUCUGAGAAGGCUUUCCACUAGAUGUUGGAUCAUUGCUGCUGGGACUUGCUUCCAUUCAGCCACAAGAGCAUUAGUGAGGUCAGGCACUGAUGUUAGUGAUUAGGCCUGGCUCGCAGUUGGCAUUCGAAUUCAUCCCAAAGGUGUUUGAUGGCGUUGAUGUCAGGGCUCUGUGCAGGCCGGUCAAGUUCUUCCACACCAAUCUCGACAAACCAUUUCUGUAUGGACCUCGCUUUGUGCACGGGGGCAUUGUCAUGCUGAAACAGGAAAGGACAUUCCCCAAACUGUUGCCACAAAGUUGGAAGCACAGAAUAAUCUAGAAUGUCAUUGUAUGCUGUAGCGUUAAGAUUUCCCUUCACUGGAACUAAGGGGCCUAACCCGAACCAUGAAAAACAGCCCCAGACCAUUAUUCCUCGUCCACCAAACUUUACAGUUGGCACUAUGCAUUGGGGCAGAUAGCGUUCUCCUGGCAUCCGCCAAACCCAGAUUCGUCCGUCGGACUGCCAGAUGGUGAAGCGCCAGAGAAUACAUUUCCACUGCUCCAGAGUCCAAUGGCGGUGAGCUUUACACCACUCCAGCCGACGCUUGGCAUUGCGCAUUGUGAUCUUAGGCUUGUGUGCGGCUGCUCGGCCAUGGAAACCCAUUUCAUGAAGCUCCCGACGAACAGUUCUUGUGCUGACGUUGCUUCCAGAGGCAGUUUGGAACUCGGUAGUGAGUGUUGCAACAGAGGACAGACGAUUUUUACGCGCUAUGCGCUUCAGCACUCGGCAGUCCCGUUCUGUGAGCUUGUGUGGCCUACCACUUCUCGGCUGAGCCGUUGUUGCUCCUAGACGUUUCCACUUCACAAUAACAGCUAUUACAGUUGACCUGGGCAGCUCUAGCAGGGCAGAAAUUUGAGGAACUGACUUGUUGGAAAGGUGGCAUCCUAUGACGGUGCUUCGUUGAACGUCACUGAGCUCUUCAGUAAGGCCAUUCUACUGCCAAUGUUUGUCUAUUUAGAUUGCAUGGCUGUGUGCUCGGUUUUAUACACCUGUCAGCAACGGGUGUGGCUGAAAUAGCAAAAUCUACUAAUUUGAAGGGGUGUCCACAUACUUUUGUAUAUAUAGUGUAUUUCGUGUACCACCCACCUAUUUAAAUAAAAAUAAAAUAAAAGAAUGCCAUUUAGCAGACGCUUUUAUCCAAAGCGACUUACAGUCAUGCGUGCAUACAUUUUUGUGUAUGGGUGGUCCCGGGGAUCGAACCCACUACCUUGGCGUUACAAGCGCCGUGCUCUACCAGUUGAGCCUAUUGUAUGUGUUUUGUAUUCUUUCCUUCAUUCUACCUGGUCAAAGAGACUGAGGAGUCUCCUGGUUUUUGUCUAUUGAUAUAUCCUAGCCAAUAGCCCUAAGCAAUCAGCAUUCACCUUGUAGCACUGGUCUUUCUAAUUUAUCAUGGUAUAUCACCCAUGCUUUUGUAUCUCCAGAGGCAUCAUGCCAGCUGGUCCAAGAGGUUGGGAGAGCUAGCCAAAGAUCUCUUCCUAACUGCUCUCCCUGCUCAGUCCCAGUUGUCCACAGACCAGAGUCAGAGGCUAUGGCUGGAUCAAGAUGGUGAACUGGUUGCACUGCUGCAGCAGGCAGAGGCCAAUACCAAAAGGCAACUGGAGGGCCUACGGGCUCAGCUGGAACAAGAUGGACAGGUAGGCAUACAGACUUAGAAAUAGAGCUGACUCGAUUUCUUAGUUAACCUGACAGACAUAAUCUCUAAUCAAUACAUUUCUAUCUGGACAUUAUGUAAUGUUGCAGUCUUCUGAACAGGCCCCAGGUUUCACUCAUCAUGGGUCAUAUUCAUUAGCUACCAAAUGGAAGAAAAUGGACUGAAACAGGGCGGGACUACCUGGACUUGUCCAAUAAGAACCACUUGUUUUUUGCUUUCCGUUAUAAAAAGUUGUGCUACGGUGUGCCUUAAUGAAUACACCCCUGUUUUUAAUACUGUAUUUCUGUUUGUUUGACCCGCUCUAGGUAUGGUGUGAAGAGGCGGUCCUGGUCCUGGCCUGCCUCAGACACCUAGGUGAACAGCAGUUAAAGAUCCUCAGAGGCAUGGUGGUCAGACAGAGCUACGUGCUGAACAGGUGAACAAGGGAGACACAUCAAUCCAUGCUUUUGCCUGGCAGAUGUGCCAAAGUGUAUAAUAGAAUAUUCAUCAUUGACAACAAUGGAUUUAAUACAGUAUGUUUCAAUGGGUUUAAUGUUCACAAUAUGAUUCAGUGUGUUUGAAAUCAAUGACAAGAUAUGCAUUCGGACAUAUUGACCUAUCACUAUUCUGUUUUAUUUGAUUCUAUUCUGUUCUAUUCUAUCCCAGCCACGUGGGGAUGUUGAUCAUGAAAAAACAGCACCUACUGCUGGCAGCGGUGCAGAGGCACUUUGUGGCCAGACACUUCUGUCUGAGGGUCCUGAAGGAGAUGAGACUGUCCAAGCUCAAGGUGCUGUCUCAGAGUGACUUCAGCGCCCUGCUGGCUCUAGUGAAUCAGACCCAGCCCACAGUCAGCCCAACAAUGACCAAAGCCCAGCAUCAGGUCCAGUAACACUUUCACUUACAAUUGCAACAAUAAUAAACUAUACUGAACAAAAAUAUGAACUCAACAUGUAAAGUGUUGGUCCCAUGUUUCAUGAGCUGAAAUAAAAGGAUUCUAUUAUAAACUGGGUGGUUCGAGCCCUGAAUGUUGAUUGGCUGACAGCCAUGGUAUAUCAGAGUAUACCACGGGUAUGACAAAACAUUUAUUUUUACUGCUCUAAUUAUGUUGGUAAUCAGUUUAUAACAGCAAUAAGGCAUCUCGGGGGUUUGUGCUAUAUGGCAAAUAUACCACGGCUAAGGGCUGUAUCCAGGCACUCAGCGUUGCGUCGUGUGUAAGAACAGCCCUUAGCCGUGGUAUAUUGGCCAUAUACAACACCCCCUCAGGCCUUAUUGCUUAAUUCUACUCUACUCUAUUUGAGUUGAAUGGGGGCAUUUCAUGCAGACAGAACAGGUACACUUUGUCUGUUAGGGCUAAAUUCAAACUAGAGAUACUAUGGCCUUUUCUCAAUUGCAUACUCCUCGUGUCCUCUCUCAUCGUCGCCUUCUCAAAACUCAAUGGAUGAGAAAGCCAGAGGUCCCUCCCCUCUGACCUCCUCCAAUGGGUUUUGAGAAGGAGACGAGGAGAGAGGACACAAGGAGUAUGCAAUUGAGAAAAGGCCACUGUAUGCGUAACUCAAACUUUCAUGUAAUGCACGCGUCUUCAAUUGAUUGAAUUGGGGCCUAAGUUAAUACGGCUGUCACUGUCACAGAGGAAUGUGAACGACGAGAGAGCAGCUCUCAGAUGAACAAGGCCCUGCUGAAGGAGCUGGUCAACUGGGGGAGAAAGCCCAUGUCCACUGAGUUUCACCAGAGGUACUGUUUCUAUACCAACCAAUUGCUGUUAACAUAUUUUAUUCCUUCAUAUUCUCUCUUAUGUCUUGGCAUGCCAACAAACAAACACGAACUGGCUACAUUUUAAGCAUGUGCCGAUAAAUACUGUAUGUACAGAUCUGGAUUCAAAUAGUAUUUGUUAAAUACUCUUGAGUGUUUGUUUGAUUGAGCCUGCCUGGGGUGGGCAUGGUUUGCACUUUUGGGACUAUUCCAUUGGUUCCAUUGCGGCCAGGCAACCUCAAUCAAGUGCAGCUAAAGUUCACACAAAAAACCUAAUGAAAACAAAUAUUACUUUAAUCCAGGUCUGAUGCUCUGAAUAUACACUGCUCAAAAAAAUAAAGGGAACACUAAAAUAACACAUCCUAGAUCUGAAUGAAUGAAAUAAUCUUAUUAAAUACUUUUUUCUUUACAUAGUUGAAUGUGCUGACAACAAAAUCACACAAAAAUGAUCAAUGGAAAUCAAAUGUAUCAACCCAUGGAGGUCUGGAUUUGGAGUCACCCUCAAAAUUAAAGUGGAAAACCACACUACAGGCUGAUCCAACUUUGAUGUAAUGUCCUUAAAACAAGUCAAAAUGAGGCUCAGUAGUGUGUGUGGCCUCCACGUGCCUGUAUGACCUCCCUACAACGCCUGGGCAUGCUCCUGAUGAGGUGGCGGAUGGUCUCCUGAGGGAUCUCCUCCCAGACCUGGACUAAAGCAUCCGCCAACUCCUGGACAGUCUGUGGUGCAACGUGGCGUUGGUGGAUGGAGCGAGACAUGAUGUCCCAGAUGUGCUCAAUUGGAUUCAGGUCUGGGGAACGGGUGGGCCAGUCCAUAGCAUCAAUGCCUUCCUCUUGCAGGAACUGCUGACACACUUCAGCCACAUGAGGUCUAGCAUUGUCUUGCAUUAGGAGGAACCCAGGGCCAACCGCACCAGCAUAUGGUCUCACAAGGGGUCUGAGGAUCUCAUCUCGGUACCUAAUUGCAGUCAGGCUACCUCUGGCGAGCACAUGGAGGGCUGUGCGGCCCCCCAAAGAAAUGCCACCCCACACCAUGACUGACCCACCGCCAAACCGGUCAUGCUGGAGGAUGUUGCAGGCAGCAGAACAUUCUCCACGGCGUCUCCAGACUCUGUCACGUCUGUCACGUGCUCAGUGUGAACCUGCUUUCAUCUGUGAAGAGCACAGGGCGCCAGUGGCGAAUUUGCCAAUCUUGGUGUUCUCUGGCAAAUGCCAAACGUCCUGCACGGUGUUGGGCUGUAAGCACAACCCCCACCUGUGGACGUCGGGCCCUCAUACCACCCUCAUGGAGUCUGUUUCUGACCGUUUGAGCAGACACAUGCACAUUUGUGGCCUGCUGGAGGUCAUUUUGCAGGGCUCUGGCAGUGCUCCUCCUGCUCCUCCUUGCACAAAGGUGGAGGUAGCAGUCCUGCUGCUGGGUUGUUGCCCUUCUACGGCCUCCUCCACGUCUCCUGAUGUACUGACCUGUCUCCUUGUAGCGCCUCCAUGACCUGGACACUACGCUGACAGACACAGCAAACCUUCUUGCCACAGCUCGCAUUGAUGUGCCAUCCUGGAUGAGCUGCACUACCUGAGCCACUUGUGUGGGUUGUAGACUCCGUCUCAUGCUACCACUAGAGUGAAAGCACCGCCAGCAUUCAAAAGUGACCAAAACAUCAGCCAGGAAGCAUAGGAACUGAGAAGGGGUCUGUGGUCACCACCUGCAAAACCAGUCCUUUAUUGGGGGUGUCUUGCUAAUUGCCUAUCAUUUCCACCUGUUGUCUAUUCCAUUUUCACAACAGCAUGUGACAUUUAUUGUCAAUCAGUGUUGCUUCCUAAGUGGACAGUUUGAUUUCACAGAAGUGUGAUUGACUUGGAGUUACAUUGUGUUGUUUAAGUGUUCCCUUUAUUUUUUUGAGCAGUGUAUUAUACAGAGAAAGGCUCAUUAUUUUUCAUUGUACACUACAAACCAUACUUAUAUAGAGUUGAACUGCAGAAGAAGAGAAUGUUGGAACAGUACGACUUGGAGCAGGAAGUUGCGUGUGAAACUCUGAGAAGAAGGAAGUUACCCCAGCAACAUAGCAUGGAGAGAUGA